AUGGGCCUCGAUGCCGAAACAAACCCCGACAACGCCCACAUCGUCAGCCCCGCUGUGGCCGACGACAACACCAUUCUCGAGACUUACCUCUCUCCUCUGCCUGGCUCUCGCAGACGCAUGAUGAGACCGACAGUCAAUGGGACCCGACCAGUCCUUUUCAACACAGUGCAGCGUCGUCCGCUGGGCGUAUCGUGCAACCAGUCUCUGGCAGGCAGUAAAUGCCAGAUCAUUGAGAAACUCAUCGAGCCGCACGAACACGACCUGGUUGAUCUAUUCUUCACCCACUUCAACCCCUGCUUCCCCCUUUUCGACGAGUCCUCCUUCCGCAAGAUCUACACGAACCACCGGCACAAGAUCUCCCCAGCUGUGCUGUCAAAUUUAUACGCCAAUGCCCUCAUUUACUGGGACUGUUCUUCUAACUUACAGGGCACCCGUGCCCCGGACGGCCGUUUCAUCUGGGUCCUAGCCUGCGAAGCGCUACACUCUGAGAUGUUUCUCGCGCCUGGGACAUCGACAGUCCUCGCUAUUAUCCUGAAUGUGUGUGGACGGCCUAGCACGUCUGUCUUCGGCAAUGGCGGUCUGAUGGGCAUGGCGGUGUCGCUGAGCCAUGCGCUGGGCUUGAACCGCGAUCCAUCUGGUUGGGACAUCUCGCCCGCGGAGAAGAAAUUUCGUGUGCGGAUUUGGUGGUGCAGUCUUGCGUAUGGCACUCCGCUGCAGAUACACCGCUCUCAGUACGAUGUGCCUCUCCCGUCGUAUACACCAGAGCAGAGUCUCUCGUCUGUAUCGCAGAUCUUCACAUCCUUGGUAUCCCUAACAGAGGUACUGGGAACAUCCCUCGAGCACGUCUACAGCGUCGACACUGUCUCCUCCUCCACUACACCAGAAUCACUCGCCGCCCUCUUAAUAGACUGGGAAAACGGCCUCCCUCUAGAGCUCAAACAUACCAUCCUAAAAAACAACGCCAACAUCCACCAUCCAGGCGCAGCCAACCUUCGUCUCGCCUACUUAGCAGUCACUCUACUACACCGCCGCAUCCAACUCAACCUCAACACCCCACCCUCAUCCAACGAAGAGCAAUACAGCGCCGCGCAUGUCGCGGCAGAAACCAUCGUGCACUUCGUGCAGUGCCUCCACGAGACGCCCUUCCCUGGCUUCUGGAUCCCAAUGAACGCGUACGCCCUCACCUCCGCGACGACCUUCCUGCUGCGGAGUGCGCUUCAUGGGUCUGCGCACAGCGCACUCUCCAUACGGCUGGCGAGGCAGAUGGUGUGUGCGCUGAGGGAAUUGAGGGAUCGACCCACCUGUCUCGAGACCGGCCAUAUCGCGCUGGGACCCACCGAUGGCCUCAUCUUCAUAAGCAACAUCUUUCCAACCAAACUCCAAUGGCUCCUCACCCCGCUAGGCGGCAGCGCAGCCUACGCUUCCAUCCUGAAGCGCCUAAAUAGACCGCACAUUGCGGCGUCGGACCCCGCGCGGAUUGUGGAGUGCGCGUUCCCUGCUUCCCAAGACGUGGAAAUUAAGGAGGUCGUUCCCCAGUUUUACGAAGGGGGCGCGUUUGUGCGCUUUUCGUCGUUGUCGCAGACAGAUCUUGGCCAGAAAAGCCGAGAGAAAACCAUCGAAGAAGCAGUGCACGAGCACCUCGCUCAGCAACCUAUCCGACCAUGGUUCAGUCCCUUCCGCACAGCGACUGUCCACACCGUGCGCGGACACCCUUGGAUCGAAGACCUGUAUCGCAUUCCGAGCCAGCGGCUGCGCGUGGAUUUCCUCCCUACCAACGGAGAUACCCCCGGAACCGUGACUGUCGAAACGCUCUACUCGCUCUUCAGACGGUACGGUAAACUGCGCAAUGUAGAUGUCGUGCAACCGGACCCCAAGUCCGCUCCGCGGUACGCGCACGUUGAGUUUUCUCGCGCGCAGCCUGCCGUCGUUGCCAAAAGCUGUCUUCACGGGUUUACGCUCCCUGGAUGCAACAGCAACGGUACAACGUUGAGAAUCAGCUACGCGCGGAAGAUCAAGCUCGCUGCAAUCCGCGACUGGGUGUUUUCGCACCCGCGUAUCAUCAUCCCGCUGCUAGCCGCGCUCGUCGCAGCCAUCACGGUGACAGUCUUCGACCCGAUCCGGCGCUUCUUCAUAGAGAUGAAGAUCAAAGCGACGCUGCAAACGGAGGAGAACGCUAUCGUGCGCUGGGUAAGCAGACAAUUCGACGAGGCAAACCGUCGGUACAAUUUCUUCUUCGGCGGGAGGAGAGACGGCCGGCCUGACGCGCGUGGGCUAGCAGCCAUCUGGGCCGACCGGGAGGGCGACAUUUCGCAGCUGCGGGCGUGGCUGAGCGAUACGCCGGAGACGUUCAUCGUUGUGCAUGGCCCUCGGGGGAGCGGCAAACGCGAGAUGGUGCUCGAUCGCGCGCUGCAGGGCCGGCGGUACAAGCUUACGAUCGACUGCAAGCCGAUCCAGGAGGCGCGCGGGGACGCGGCGAAGAUUGCGCGCGCCGCGGCGCAGGUCGGCUACUGGCCUGUGUUUUCGUGGAUGAAUAGCCUGUCGAGUUUGGUUGAUCUGGCUGCGCAGGGCGUCAUCGGGGCCAAGGCUGGGUUCUCGGAGACGCUGGAUGCGCAGCUCAGCAACGUGUGGGCGAGCACGGCGACGGCGCUGCGGGCUGUGGCGCUCGAGGGACGGCGGAAGACGGAUCGCGACGCGCAUCUCUCGGACGAUGAGUAUCUUGAGGCGCAUGCGGAAGCCCGGCCUGUCGUUGUGGUCGAUAACUUCUUGCAUCCGGGCAGCGAGACUGGUGUUGUUGACGAGAAGAUCGCUGAGUGGGCUUCGGGCUUGGUAACGGGGAAUAUUGCGCACGUUAUCUUCCUCACGGCUGACGUGUCGUUCGCGAAGCCGCUAGGUCGCGCGUUGCCUAACGCCGUGUUUAAGACGAUCGCGCUGGGCGACUGCUCGCUCGACGUGGCGCGACGGUUUGUGUUCAACCAUUUGGCGGAUGCGGCUGCGCCGGGGGAGGGCGAGCUUGAGGCGAAUGGGCUCGGCAGCUGUAUUGAAGAGCUUGGGGGUAGGGUAACGGACUUGGAAUUUAUGGCUCAUCGGAUUGAAGCGGGGGAGUCGCCUAGAGCGGCGGUCAACCGCAUAAUCACCCAAUCUGCCACCGAAAUUCAAAAGCUCUUCCUCCUCAACGACUCCACCACCCGCCCCUGGACACCCGCCCACGCAUGGUACCUAAUCCGCACCCUAUCCCAAUCUAAGACCCACACCCUCCGCUACACCCAAGUCCUCCUCUCCGACCUCUUCAGCAGCACAAACGGCGAAGCCACCCUCCGCGCGCUCGAACAAGCCGAGCUAAUCACCAUCACGACGAAGAACGGCUGCCCGGAGACCAUCCGGCCCGGGCGGCCGGUGUACCGGGCCGUGUUCCGGCAGCUGAUGGCCAACGAGUCGCUGCGGGGGCGCAUGGAGUUGUCGAUUCUGGGCGUGUUGACGGCGAGGGAGACUGCGCGGAUUGCGGAGUGUGAGGAGGAGUUGGGGGUUUUGGGGGCGCUGCCGAAGCAGCCUUGGGAGGUGGGGGGGAGGGUUAAGUGGUUGUUGGGGAGGGUUUAUGAGGCGCAGAGGCGGGUGGAGGGAUUUGAGAGGGAGAGUUCUGUGUUGAAGAAGUUGUUGGGGGUAUAA